GUACGGUUGCAAUACAUGGUCGACCGGCCACCGGUGGAUGUGCGCUUGGUUGGCAGCUUCCGCGCGUACUACCAGCGCAACAACAAGAAGGGCGGACUCAAGAACCUCCGCUGCUUCCCCACCUGCAGCAACGGCGUCCAUAUGCCCACCGGCUUCUGCGGCAGCCCCGUGAUCGUGCAUGUUGCGACCACAACGACGCGCUAUGAUGUGCUCGUCUGCGCCGAGUUUUGCCCGCUCGAUACCAGCACGCUCGAGCCCACCGGUCUCUCACGCCUCCGUGACAUCAAGACCACAGAGCAGCUCACGAGCCUCGCCGCCAAGAACGCAGCUGCCCAUGCGCCGUGGUAUGUGGCCGACAGGAUCGCACCCGGCGAGUACAGCCUCAAUAGUCGCAAGCGCGGGUGGCACUAUGGCUGGACGAGCAACCGGCACAUGGCCGACACCAAGCACGUGCUGUGCGUGUACGUCUUUGAGCGCAACAAGGCGACGCGCGACUGCUGCUUCUGGACGUGCGUCGGCGUCGGGUGGAGUCCUCCGUUCCAACUCUACUGCCGUCGACGAGCCAAGGCACGUGUGGAAGUGUUGGCACUGCGCAGCAUCAGCGUCGAUACGAGCCGCAACGACGGCAGCGUCGAGGCUACACGACACACCCGGAAGCGUCGCCGACCAAGUGCGCCACCGAGGAUACCUGCUGUUGGAUCCCGCGACAAACUCGCGACUUUGGACGACGCCGUUGUCGCUGACCUCGAGGCGCUGCUAAGUCCCACGUAA